AUGUCUUUUUCUGUCCCGCCCACGUCAACCUCCGACAGAGUAGCUCUUUCUGACAAACCAGAUCCAUAUUUUGUUUUGAAUCCCGAUAUGUUUGACGACGCAGCUCUAUGGACAGCACCUCGGCUUCAGAGCCUCUGUGAGGUUCUGGGUUUGGACCCUGGCGCCCACUCUUUUUCAAGAAGAGGGAGGCGAGGAAGAAGCCGAGAGGAGCUUGUUCGGUGUCUGAGGGAUUUCCAUAGGAAUCGGUGGUACGUUGACAGGCGUCGAGGGGCGAAAAAUAGCACGCUAACAGGAACGAAGGCUCGGCCCGAAGAGUCUCAGGAAGGCAGCAACUUCUUCCUUGUACCCGUUGACUUUGUAGACAUCCCUCGGGAAUGUGUGAAAGUCUUUGAAGGAGGCACAACGGACGCCGGAGGGGCAAAGAGGUCCAGAUCUAUUCUGAAGUAUUCGUGUUCCUCGAGGCAUCCACGCUCUGACAACAGUAGUCCUCGAAGCAUCUCCAAGACCACAUAUAUUACAAGCAAAGCAGGAGAAACGAAAGAGUGGCAAAGAACCCGAAAGCGAAAACGGAGUGCUGUCGACGCGGCGAAGGAUGACACGGAAAAACUACCAUCUAACAAAAGAAUCCGAUUCAGCGCAUUCAACAACGUCCAGCUUAUUGACCCGAGACCCGAUGAAACUGAAAGCACUGAAUGGGGUUUCAAGUUGCCGUUCGGCUGCGCGAAGAGAGAAUGA